AUGACGGCUACAACGGAAAUGACGCUGCGACAGCAGCCUCACGGCAACAUGGCGCUCGAAGACCGCUUCGAGGUCGUCAAGGAGAUCGGAGACGGAAGUUUCGGCAGCGUUGUCCUGGCUCGAACUCGAACAGCGGGUGCCGCCGUCGCCCGUCGAGGCACUCUUGUGGCCAUCAAGUCGAUGAAGAAGACGUUCGAGUCCCUGGCGCCCUGCCUGGAGCUCCGAGAAGUCGUCUUCCUGCGAACCCUGCCGCCUCACCCCCAUCUCGUCCCCGCGCUCGACAUCUUCCUAGACCCCUUCACCAAGAAGCUACACAUCGCCAUGGAGUACAUGGAGGGCAACCUGUACCAGCUGAUGAAGGCCAGGGACCACAAGUACCUCGACAACGCAAGUGUCAAGAGCAUCUUGUUCCAGAUCAUGCAGGGUCUUGAGCACAUCCACUCCCACAACUUCUUCCACCGCGACAUCAAGCCCGAGAACAUUCUCGUUUCCACCUCGGCCCACCAGGACACCUCAAACUCCUUCCGACGAUACUCUGCCCUCGUUACACCGCCAUCGACCCCUCCCACCUACACCGUCAAGCUGGCCGACUUUGGCCUCGCCCGUGAGACUCACUCCAAGCUGCCCUACACCACCUACGUGUCCACCAGGUGGUACCGCGCGCCCGAGGUGCUCCUGCGCGCCGGCGAGUACUCGGCUCCCGUCGACAUCUGGGCCGUCGGCGCCAUGGCCGUCGAGAUUGCCACCCUCAAGCCCCUCUUCCCCGGCGGAAACGAGGUCGACCAGGUGUGGAGAGUGUGCGAGAUCAUGGGCAGCCCCGGAAACUGGUACAACAAGGCCGGCGCCCGCGUGGGAGGCGGCGAGUGGCGCGAGGGCACUAGGUUGGCCUCCAAGCUGGGCUUCUCCUUUCCCAAGAUGGCUCCUCACGCAAUGGACACCAUCCUGCAGACCCCCCAGUGGCCGCCUGCCCUGAGCCACUUUGUCACCUGGUGCCUGAUGUGGGAUCCCAAGAACCGUCCCACGUCCACCCAGUCUCUGAACCACGAAUACUUUGCCGACGCCACGGACCCGUCGAGGCCCAAGUCGUCCGCCUCCAAGAUCUUGGGUCGCAAGCAGUCAGACAUCAGCCGCCACUCCAAGGAGGGCCUGGCCCCCUCAAACUCCGUCUCCAAGCAGUCGUGGUUCCGCAAGUCCCUCAUCGGCCGCAGCGACAUCCCCGAGACCAUCGUCGUGGCCCCUGCUCAGCCCUCGCCUGUCCAGACCUCGAGCACCGUCGACGUUUCCACCACCAAGCAGCCGGCCAAGCCCAAGCGGAGCACGUGGGCCAACGGCCUCUCUGGCGUUGCGCCGAUGCCGAUUCUGCCCUCCAUCAAGCCCAUUUCUCCCCUGUCCGACGCCGUGACGGCGCGUGCCAACAGCAACGCCGACAGCCAGGACAAGAACAAGAAGCUGGGCCGGCAGCUCUCCGUCAACUCCAGCAGCAACAACUACACCGAGAUGCACCGCCAACAGGCCGAGCGUGCUCUCAACGGACAGACGGGCCUCGCGUCCCCUCCCAGCGCCCACAAGGAGAGCUUCUUCUCGCACCUGCGGAAGCGUGCCAGGCGCUUCUCCGGCCGCCACCAGACCCCCGUUUCGCCCGCGUACGACGACAUGGAGGCACAGGUCGGAUGCGGUCCCUGGAACAGCAACCGGUCCUCCAUGAUUGUCGACCAGCAAGUGGGCCCCAUUCCCAAGGCCGAGUACGAGUCUCUGGAUAAGACCCUCAGCGACGUCCAGGGCUCUGAGCCACGCGCCCCCGUGCCCCAGUCGCAUCAACUUGCCGCCGCCGGGAAGCUCAAGCGUCACCACUCGCUCCCUUACCAGCAGCCGCGAUCCGUCGACAACCUGAUUGGCGCCGCCAGGAACGGCCCCGUCUCGAGCCGCACCCGACGUGCCCAGGCGGUGCAGGGCGUCCAGCAGUACGAGGCACCGGCCGAAGAAGACGAGCUCCUCGACGAGGUGCUCACGUCGACGCAAAAGGCCAUGAAGCGCCUGGAGGGAAACGGCCAGUCGCUGCGACAGUCGGCGAGCAACCUGGGCCUGUCGACUUCGCAGCCGUACCCCAGCCCGUCACCGUCCGCCAACAGCAACCAGCUGCUCUACGCCGACGGCGCCGAGGCUCUGGCGCCCAAGCCCCUGGAUCUCAGCAAGAAGACGGCCAACCAGUACAAGUGGCCCACCCCGCCAUACGAGGGUGGUGAAUGGAGCGCCUCGGCCUCUGCCAGCAUCUGGGCCGCCGGAAACCGUAUCUAA